AAUAUGUCCAUAUAGAGAAAAAUGAAACGAGGAUGGUAGAAAAAGGACAAGAAGCUCACAUGAACAGAACCAGAUUGUUCAUGGGCCCCCCUCUCACCUCUCUCUUCUUUCCUCUCGACCCAUAUCUCUAUCAAUCUUAUAUUACAUGAGCUCUCUCUCUCUCUCCUUCUCCUUCUCUCUUCUCCUUCCUUGUUCUUAGAGAUUGAUCCUAACUUGUUUUUCCUUUCUUGGAAUUGAAGAGCUUCUUGUUCCAUAAACAGUAGAGAGAGAAAGCUUCAAAGAGAGAAUCGUGCUAAUCAGUGAAGUUAGGCAAAAACCCACUUGCCAUUUUUGUAUAAUUAGGUCAAUCUCAUCCACCACCAUACUCAAUUCUCUUCCUUCUGAAAUUAGGGUUUUUUUUAUCUCCUCCUCUCUCUUUCUUGUCUACCAAAAAAGGUUUUAUCGAAUUACUCUCAAAUCGUAUGGUGAGGAAGUCAAAAUCUUGAGAGAUCUGAGAUUGUAAGAAGAUGAAUCAAGAAGAUAAAGAGAAGCCUAUUGAAGAAGCUUCUUCAUCAAUGGAGAGAGAACACAUGUUCGACAAAGUAGUAACACCAAGCGACGUUGGCAAACUAAACCGACUCGUGAUCCCUAAGCAACACGCAGAGAGAUACUUCCCAUUAGAUAACUCCACAACAAACGACAGCAACAAAGGUUUGCUUCUAAACUUCGAAGAUCGAAGUGGAAACUCAUGGAGGUUCCGUUACUCUUACUGGAACAGUAGUCAAAGCUAUGUCAUGACUAAAGGUUGGAGCCGUUUUGUCAAAGACAAGAAGCUUGAUGCUGGAGACAUCGUUUCUUUUCAGAGAGAUUCUUGUAAUAAAGACAAGCUUUACAUCGAUUGGAGGAGACGACCUAAGAUUCCCGAUCAUCAUCAUCAGCAAUUCGCCGGAGCUAUGUUCCCUAGGUUUUACACUUUUCCUCAUCCUCAGAUGCCGACAAAUUACGAAACUCACAACCUUUAUCAUCGAUUUCAUCAACGAGAUCUAGGAAUUGGAUACUAUGUGAGGUCAAUGGAGAGGAGUCAUCCAACGGCUGUGAUUGAAUCUGUGCCGGUGAUGAUGCAAAGGAGAGCACAAGUGGCUUCAAUGGCUUCGAGAGGAGAGAAGCGGUUAAGGCUGUUUGGUGUAGAUAUGGAGUGCGGAGGAGGAGGAGGGAGUGUGAAUAGUACGGAGGAAGAGUCGUCGUCUUCCGGUGGUAGUAUACCACGUGGCAGAGUUUCUAUGGUUGGUGCUGGUUCUCUCCUCCAGUUGAGGUUAGUGAGCAGUGAUGAUGAGUCUUUAGUAGCAAUGGAAGCUGCAAGUCUUGAGGAUCAUCACUUCUUUACAAAGAAAGGAAAACCUUCUUUGUCUUUUGAUUUGGAUAGGUGAUGAUUAUCAUGAGAUUAAUCACUAUUUAAAAAUGCAUAUAUAUGAUAAUUUAUACCAUAUAUUAUAUAUGACACAAAGAUGUCUUUCAAGAUUUAAUGAUAUUAUCAAGAAAUAACAUGUUUUAAAGAUUCCAUGUUGGUUGGUUUUAACAAAGUCUUUUGUUUUGGUUCCUGAUUUUGUUCUUCCAAAAAGCUUUUUCCUUAAUGAGUCUCUUAUUUAGCUUUGGUUUGGUCGGUGUUAUACAGAACAGAACUUUGGAUAGCUAGGGAUCAGUGUAAAACUUAAAAACCCAUGUCCCUCUAGUCAGAAACUAAUCAGAAGAUAUGGGCUGUCUUAUAAAAGUGAAAUGUGUAUGUAACAUGUGAUUGCAGCAUUGUGUAUAAAAUGACAUUAAAUGGUUAUCAAACUUUUUUACUUUGUUUAGUUUAUUUGAUAUGGCUGCUGUCCUGUUACUGCUGCAUUUUUCUGAAGCUGUUUCUGCUGCUUAAUUAGUCAAGCAGAUUUUGCAGCUUGCAGGAGAUGGGCAGAGACAAAAAU